AUGGCAAGUAUAGGACUGGCCGUAUGCGCCCCAAGUACAGAAGAAAGGGCCGUUUUUGCGCAACUGAAACCUGUUCGGUUGUCCAGCAGUGACGGCGCAGAGGACUCUUCUGUAUUCGAGGACGUCAAACCAACGGUGAGAAUUACCCCAAUGGAGAUGGAUAAAUAUUUGCCCCAAAAUGGGCCCAUGCCAUCUACACACCUCACAGACAAGAAGUAUCGACGGGAGAGCGCCUCUGUGGUGGACGAAUAUUUCGCAGACGAGAAGCCUGCCCCCUACAGCCUCAACAUCAAUGUGAUCUUACCCAACACCACUCACCUCCGCACGGGUCUGUACCGUCCAGCCAAACCGCUGACUCCCCAGAUCAAAACUGAGCCUGGGGUGGAAACGUCCUGCAACAUCCAGACCCUCCCUGACUUCACCUCAGUCUUCAGUGUACCCCAGACUGUCAACAGCCUGUUCAUCAAGCCUGACAUAGGUGCCACAGACGAGCUCCACGUUGGCCCCCAGCAGCCGCAGGUCUACCAUAUGCCGGUCAGCAGCAGUGACCUCACCUCAAUGACAUUCUCCCACAGCCAGGCAGUGAACAGCGGUGGCAGGACCAUGCUCAACCUGAACACCGUGACCCUGACCACUCCAUCAGGCGAGUUUGUGAUGCCUGAGCAGUUUUACCCACAGGCGCAGCCCCAUAGCCUACCCCCAUCACCACCCAAUUCUCAGCCAGGCAGCCCCGAGAACCAGGCAGAGCUGAUCAACACAGUGCCCCCUCCACCUCCUUAUCAGGCACGAGGGGGCAUGAAAGUAGGCCAGAUGACCCCUCACUCCAUACUGAUGACCCACGGGCAGGGCAUCCUCACUGGGCCCAGGUACAACCGACGGAACAACCCAGAGCUGGAGAAGAGAAGGAUCCACCACUGUGAUUUCCCAGGAUGCACCAAGGUUUACACAAAGAGCUCCCACCUGAAAGCACACCAAAGGACACAUACAGGUGAGAAGCCGUACCGCUGCACCUGGGAAGGAUGCGACUGGCGUUUCGCGCGUUCAGACGAGCUCACGAGGCACUACCGGAAGCACACGGGAGCUAAGCCUUUCAAAUGUGUCGCGUGUAACCGAUGCUUCUCGCGCUCGGACCACUUGGCACUGCACAUGAAGCGCCACCAAAACUAAGA